ACUUGCGAGGUAAGGCGCGUGCCUGACUGGCUCCUAAAGCUCGCUCGCGCGCGCUCGCUCGCUCCCCAGCGUCACCACACCCGGGCCUCAGACCCUCGAAAUUUCCAAGCCCAGUGUCAGCAAAGGGAAACUGUGAAACAGCGCCUAGGGUUUUGCUUGUUUGUUUGCUUUUAAUAGAUGUCGACAAUAGGCUGCCUAGUAAAAUGAGUCUAUGGAAACGGUUGCCAGGGCCGACAAAGCGCUGCUUCCGGAAGAUUUUUUUUGGACGCUUUGGUAACAAAGAGCCGGCUGGACCAAUGCGACGCCCCUUCCGGUUUCAUUCUGUCUCGCCGAGUUCUUUACCAAUGUUGCGUUUAGACCCCGGAAGUGAGGUCUUCCGGGUUCCUCCCUCUCGCAAGAUGGCAGCUGCCGAAGACGAAUUACUCCUGCCGCGGCUACCCGAGCUGUUCGAAACCAGCAAGCAGCUUCUGGACGAAGUGGAAGUAGCGACUGAACCCACCGGUUCCCGGAUAGUCCAAGAUAAGGUGUUCAAGGGACUGGACCUCCUUGAGAAGGCUGCCGAAAUGUUAUCGCAGCUCGAUUUGUUCAGCCGAAAUGAAGAUUUAGAAGAGAUUUCUUCCACCGACCUGAAGUACCUGUUGGUGCCAGCGUUUCAAGGAGCCCUCGCCAUGAAACAAGUCAACCCCAGCAAGCGUCUAGAUCAUUUGCAGUGGGCUCGAGAACACUUUAUAAACUACUUAACUCAGUGCCAUUACUAUCAUGUGGCGGAGUUUCAGCUGCCUAAAACGAAGAACAACUCAGCUGAAAGUAACACUGCUAGCACUUCCAUGGCCUAUCCUAGCCUCGUUGCUAUGGCAUCUCAAAGGCAGGCUAAAAUAGAGAGAUACAAGCAGAAGAAGGAGAUGGAGCAUAGAUUGUCUGCACUGAAAUCUGCUGUGGAAAGUGGUCAAGCAGAUGAUGAGCGUGUUCGUGAAUAUUAUCUCCUUCACCUUCGGAGGUGGAUUGGUAUCAGCUUGGAAGAGAUUGAGAGCAUUGACCAAGAGUUAAAGAUCCUGAGAGAAAAAGACUCCUCAAAAGAGGCAUCAACUUCUUACUCAUCACGUCGCGACAGGCCGCCAAUGAAACCCUUCGUUCUCACUCGGGACAUGGCCCAAGCCAAGGUAUUUGGAGCUGGUUAUCCAAGCCUGGCAACUAUGACAGUGAAUGACUGGUAUGAUCAGCGUCGGAAAUAUGGAGCAUUACCAGAUCCGGGAAUAGCCAAGACAACACCAGCAGAGUUCAAAAAAGCAGCUCAGCAACAGGAAGAUCAGGAACAAAAGGAGGAAGAGGAUGAUGAGAAGGCACUACAAAGAGCCCGGGAGUGGGAUGACUGGAAGGACACUCAUCCUAGGGGUUACGGCAACAGACAGAACAUGGGUUAAUCUUCCCACAACAAGACGAGACUAGAGGGGCUCACAUCUUUCCCUCCAAGGAAAGCUGCACAGUCUUCCCCUCCCUGGACUCCUGCUUCAGCUGUGUACGACAAAAGCAAAGACGCUUCAUCUUGCUUUGUGUUCAAUAAAGUGUCAAGCGAUUAACUGUGUAUUUGUACCUAGAUGAUGAGCCAACAAUCUUGUUUCAGCAUUAUCAUCCUUAUCAUGGCAUAUUUCAAUUUAAGUGGACAGAAAAGAGCACUGAGAAAUGGCUCUGUAUAAUCAAUGGCUGUAUGAUUUUUCUCUAAAAAAUAAUAAAAUCCCUUCUAUUACUGAGCCUCUGCAGAACAA